AUGGACAUAUCCCAAAUCUCAGAGCAACUGACCGAAACACCCAACCAAUUCCCUGGCUGCUGUCUUCGUUCUCUCGCCCCCUUCCUCAAUGCUCUAAUCACUCUCCUCCCCAAACUCCCCCACUACACCCUCUCCAUCGGCAGCGGAAGCGGUCUCCUCGAAGGCCUCAUCACGUAUCGCGAUGCAGACACAGUAGUCGAGGGCGUGGAGGUAAACUCCUCCGUAAACCGCUUCGUCCCGGAAGAAGCAAUGCAUGUGGUUGGCGGGGCCUGGGGUCUUUGUCCUCGCGCCAAGGACGCCGCGGCGUGGAUGUUUGUCUACCCGCGUGAUCCGCGGCUGGUAGCCAAGUAUCUGGACCAAUAUGGCGAUGGGGCGGUGGAAGUCGUUCUGUGGCUGAGGGCCGGCAUACGAUUGGGCGGACUACGAGGUGUGUUUUGUUGGGUCGGCGUCUCUGAAAUUAGGGUUCUCGAGGGGAUCGGGCUGGCGCCGUAUGAGGCUGCUCUGUUGGCGAGGAGACCGUGA